AUGGCGACAACGUCGGUGGUGCCGGCGAACCGCCGCAGGGCGGUGAACGCGGCCGAGGAGAUGGACUUCGAGACCACGGAGGGUGUGAAGGCCAUCGCGAGCUUCGAAGAGAUGGGGAUAAAGGACGAUCUGCUUCGCGGAAUCUACCAGUACGGCUUCGAGAAACCCUCAGCCAUUCAGCAACGGGCUGUCACGCCAAUCAUCCAGGGCCGUGAUGUCAUCGCUCAGGCCCAAUCUGGAACCGGCAAAACCUCCAUGAUUGCCCUCACCGUUUGCCAGGUCGUCGAUACCUCCGUCAGAGAGUUAGGGUUUUUUAGUGGUACGGUGUGUGGAGAGGUGUUAAGUCGCGGUUUCGUCGUGGUUUUGAUAUUCCUGGAAAUUGUGGCCAAACAAUGGAUUUUAGUAGUUCAGGCCUUGAUACUGUCACCAACAAGGGAACUGGCCUCACAGACUGAAAAGGUUAUAUUGGCCAUUGGGGAUUUCAUUAACAUACAAGCACAUGCUUGCAUUGGAGGUAAAAGUGUGGGUGAAGAUAUUAGGAAACUUGAGUAUGGAGUACAUGUUGUCUCUGGAACUCCUGGCCGAGUCUGUGACAUGAUCAAAAGGAGAACAUUGCGCACAAGAGCUAUCAAGAUGCUAGUUCUGGACGAAUCUGAUGAGAUGUUGAGCAGAGGAUUUAAAGAUCAAAUUUAUGAUGUGUAUAGAUAUCUCCCACCGGACCUUCAGGUUGUCUUGAUUUCUGCUACCCUUCCUCAUGAAAUACUGGAAAUGACAAACAAAUUCAUGACAGAUCCUGUAAGGAUCCUUGUAAAACGUGAUGAAUUGACAUUGGAGGGCAUCAAGCAAUUUUUUGUUGCAGUCGAAAGGGAGGAAUGGAAGUUUGAUACCCUGUGUGAUCUUUAUGAUACCCUCACUAUCACUCAAGCUGUUAUAUUCUGUAACACUAAGCGAAAGGUGGACUGGCUAACUGAAAAAAUGCGUAACAAUAAUUUCACUGUCUCAUCAAUGCACGGUGACAUGCCUCAGAAAGAAAGAGAUGCUAUUAUGGGAGAAUUUCGUGCUGGAACAACCAGAGUUCUAAUAACAACUGAUGUUUGGGCCCGUGGUCUUGAUGUGCAGCAGGUUUCUCUAGUUAUCAAUUAUGACCUUCCAAAUAAUCGAGAGCUUUACAUUCAUCGGAUUGGUCGAUCUGGACGUUUCGGACGAAAGGGUGUUGCAAUAAAUUUUGUGAAGAGUGAUGACAUCAAGAUUUUGAGAGACAUUGAACAGUACUACAGUACUCAGAUUGAUGAAAUGCCAAUGAAUGUUGCUGAUCUUAUAUAA